AUGAACAAUAACGUGUAUCAUUGGAGAAUCAGCCUCAAAUUGAAAGCACUCCUAUCAAAAAUAUUGUUUAGAAGAAAAGAAAGGCUCGGGAUAAACUUCCCCGUUCGAGGAAGAAUAAAAGCAAAUUGGCUGGUGCUGAGAAAUCUCCGGUUUCUGGAGAUGAUGGAAUUGAUGUUCAUCCAAAGAAAAGAAAAAGCUCUCAUAAACAAAAGGUUGUCGCCAAUGAAAAGGUUGUUGAGAAGGACAAGGCAGUUGACAUACAGGGAGAACCAGAGAACUCAAGUGGCCCUGAAAUUGAUGAAAGUACUGAUGAUGAAACCAAGUUGGGGAGGUCCUCCCAGCUUCAAAACACCGAUAAAGAGAGUGCUGAUGAACCUACGACAACUACUGAAGUUAAAAAGCUUCCUAGUAGAAGUGCACGGCGUAAAAAGGCUAAAAGGAGAUGGUUGA